AUGGUAACUACAUUUGGAAGUGCACUGGUUCACAAGUCGCCCUGGGAUUCUCGGUUUUUGCUCUACUGCACAGACAACUCCAAAAGUUGUUCCAACACCUAUGAUACCCUUGACACCUGGGUUGCAUGGAGUUUUACUGAGUUGGGUGCUGGCCGUUGGCUGCAACACUCUCCCUGGGGUGAGUACAUGGGGAGACGAGAGGAUAAAGCAGGAACGUUGAUCGCUGAUGGGUGGAUCGGGGUGCUUGUCGCCCACAGAGGAGAUGAAAAGGCACUGGCCAAAGCAUUUCAUGUGAAGAACACUUGGGUGAGUGAAGAGGUAUGUUUUACCUGCAGGGCAUCAAGGCUUUCCGAUUCACGGUACUUAUACACAGGGUUUGGACAGAAUGCCCCACACCGGGAAACAAUUGUGGACCUUCACACGUUUGUUACUUCCAAAGUGGGACCCAAUGCUUGGACCCGUGUGCCGGGCUUUCACCCAAGUAUGAUAGCAUAUGACUGGCUUCAUGUUCUGGAUCUUGCGCUGAUCCCGGAUGCUGCAGCAUCACCAGGACCUGGCAUUGAUGAUCGGCUACGUGCAGCCUAUGUGGAGUUCAGCAAUCUUUGCAAGCAGCACAAGAUUCGCACCUGGGUUGCGCGCAGCGGUGUUUAUCAAUGCCUGUGCAAUGAGAGAUGCUGUGAAUCUACGCCAAGGGCCUUUGUUGACUUCAUCGAACCUGCAGAAGUUGGAGACGAGCAACUAUCUCUUCCACAGUGCGUUGGCAAAGUCAAGUCUUUAGCUAGCCGGUCUCAUCCGAGAUUACUCGGACGACAAGUCCUAGAGCGUUACUCUUCGUUUGUAGCUGUUCGAUGGCUGAGGCAGCUUGAGGAAGGAUAA